AUGGGUAUAACUGAUCUCUUCAAUCCAAAUCUGGCGAACUUAACAGGAAUUACCGACGCUAAAGUUCAUGCUGAUGUGCUUCGACAAAGUUCACUUCUUAAAGUCAAUGAAGAAGGAGUAGAAGCUGCAGCUGCUACUGCGAUCAGCAUUGAAUUGACAAGUGUAAGGGGAUUUCAACCAAUUCGAUUCAAUGUAAAUGAAUCAUUUGUUUGUUUUAUAUACGACACAAUAUUAGAAACGGCGUUGUUUGCUGGUCGUGUUAUCAAACCAGUAUCAUUAUCCGAGAGCAAAUGA